AUGCUAACUGUUCAACAGCAACAACAACAAGGCAUACAAAGAGUGAUGCAGCAUCAACAACACCAUCACUAUUCACAUCCUCAUUACAGCCAUCAUGUGCACGGUCACCACCACCAAUAUCAACAAUUGCAGCAUUUGCAUCAACAUCAGCAAUAUCUAACCGCUCAUGCGGCACAUCAGCACCGUCACCAACAAAUGCAGUCCCACAAACAGCCGCAGCAUCAAAUGCAAACGGUUUUGCAACAUCACCCACAUACCCAUUCACAUUCGCUGCUGCAUGCACAUUCACAACAGCAGCAUGAACCGCACUGUUACCACUAG